AUGUUACAGCGCGCCCUACCGAAUGCCCCCAAUGGUUAUACCCCCUCCAAUGUCAGUUGCUCGGCUAGCCGACCUACAGUACGCGAUGCAUCGACUCUUUCAUCGAACGAGACCUCAUGGCUCGAGACUCGUCGAAACAAGACCGAGUCAGCCCUGAAGGAUUUUUUCGGUCAUGUCACAAUCGAGAACUUCGAUGCCGCGGAUUAUAUUGAUCGAAUCUCGGGAAACGCCUCCAACUUACCGAACAUCGGCAUCGCAGUUUCGGGAGGCGGCUAUCGAGCGUUGAUGAACGGCGCCGGGGCAAUCAAGGCAUUCGACAGCCGGACGAAUAACUCGACUAGUGAGGGCCAGCUGGGUGGAUUGCUGCAGUCUGCGACAUACCUGGCUGGCUUGAGCGGCGGCGGUUGGCUAGUGGGCUCGCUUUAUAUGAACAACUUCAGCACCAUUACUGACCUGCAGACGUACGAGGACGGAGCCAUUUGGCAAUUUCAGAAUUCUAUUUUUGAAGGCCCAGAAGGGAAUGGCAUCCAGUUGCUGGACUCUGCAUCUUACUACAAGGAUAUCUACGAUGCUGUGCAAGGCAAGUCGCAGGCAGGAUUCAACACUUCGAUUACAGAUUAUUGGGGCCGCGCCCUUUCUUAUCAGCUCAUCAAUGGUUCCAACGGAGGCAUCGACUAUACGUGGUCAUCGAUCGCCUUGACGGAUUCUUUCAAGGAGGCUGAGAUGCCGAUCCCUAUCCUGGUUGCUGAUGGUCGGUACCCUGAUGAGCUCCUGGUCAGCAGCAAUGCCACGGUCUACGAAUUCAAUCCCUGGGAAUUCGGCACCUUUGAUCCAACUGUGUACGGUUUUGCUCCUAUUGAGUAUCUCGGGUCUCGGUUUGUGGCUGGGUCUCUCCCGAGUAAUGAGAGCUGCGUCCGGGGGUUUGACAACGCAGGCUUCGUGAUGGGAACUUCAUCCAGUUUAUUCAAUCAAUUUUUGUUACAGAUCAACUCUACGGCUCUGCCAGACUUCUUGAAGUCGGCAUUCACAAGUAUUUUGGAAGACAUUGGGCAGGAGAACUAUGAUAUCGCGCUCUUUACACCAAAUCCGUUUUACCACUGGGCGAACGACACCUCGCCGGCUGCUAAUGCUACCAUGCUUGACCUGGUAGACGGUGGCGAAGAUCUCCAAAACAUCCCACUCCAUCCGCUGAUUCAGCCCGAGCGCCAUGUCGAUGUGAUCUUUGCAGUAGACUCGUCGGCCGACACCGACAACAAGUGGCCGAAUGGCACCGCGAUGGUUGCCACAUACGAGCGGAGCUUGAACUCCACCGGAAUCGCGAACGGAACUACUUUUCCGGCGGUGCCUGAUCAGAAUACCUUUGUGAACCUGGGCCUGAAUACGCGACCGACCUUCUUCGGAUGCGACUCGUCGAACCUCACGGGUCCGGCCCCGUUGGUUGUCUACCUCCCUAACUAUCCAUAUAUGUCGUAUUCCAAUGUUUCCACCUUUAAACCUCAGUAUGAGGAGUCGCAGAGAGAUGAGAUCAUACAGAAUGGAUAUGAUGUCGCCACGAUGGGCAACAACAGCCGUGAUGCAGACUGGUCUACGUGUGUUGGGUGCGCGAUUCUGAGUCGAUCGUUUGAACGCACCAACACCAGCAUGCCCGAUAUCUGUAAUCGGUGUUUUGACCGGUAUUGUUGGAAUGGCACGACCAAUACCACCACACCAGAGGAGUAUAAGCCCGUGACUGAGUUUGAAAAUGUAGGGGCUAUUGUGUCGCGUGCUAUCUUUCUGAGUGCCUUGGCUGCCACUGUGACUGCGUCGGCUCUGCUAUAA